AAAAAUGAAAAAGGAAAGGGAACCGGGUGAGCACUGCGUCUACCCACGUAACAUGUCGGAGGCUCGCCGGUGGCAGAACCUGGCCAACCUCAGCAGCUUUGACGUGGACCCUGAGUCGCUGUGCCGGCACGGAUGCGUUUGCGCCUCCCACUUGGACAGCCAUGGAUACGGCUCGGAAUCGGAGAGCUCGUGUAGUGCUGCUGGCCGGGCAAGGGCUCCAGCUGGCUUGCAGAAUUGGAGCUCUUCGGUUUCGGACGCCGGCCGUGGCUAUCUCAUCAACAAAAAGGGUAUCGAGCGAGCGCAGAACCAAAGCAAACACAGUUUGGGUUCGGAGAGGCAGGAGUUUAGCAGCGCAAACAGAUGUACUAAUGGUUACUGUCGUUUUCGAAACACCUGCAACAGUAUGUUCCCGAGUAAUCCCCAUACGUACACCCAAAUGGGACAGAAGUAUCCUAAUCCACAGGCGCCAAGGGCCACCGGUUUAGACAACAAAAAGCCUCCUCCUAUCAAAGUAAAUCCAAGGGUAAAUAGACCGUCCUUUGGAGCUGUAAAUUGCACCUGUGAUGGUUGCACCUGCACUUUCUGCCCAAUGCAAGGGAUCAAGAAAGCGAGAGAAUCUUUAAAAGAAUCAGGCAGCCAAGAAAGUAUAAAUAAGGAAAAAAGGAAGGAUAUUUCAAAAAGUACCCCGAAAAAUCCGAGAUCCUGUGAACGUCUUACUUGUCCAGCCUUCAGGUCAAUGGAGUUGAAGACUCCAGCAGAUGAUUUCCGCACCACGCCUUGUAGUCUAAACUACCCGGUAUCGCCAACUUCACGAGGAAACAACAGAUUUACGAAUUCGAUAAAACAGCAAACCACAUCGCAAAAGCCAGAGCUGAAGAGCGAAUGCUGCCAGGCUUGCAUUACCCAGCAUUUGAAGGAUCAGGAAGUGCAGUGCUCAACGGUAACUUUGCAGACUCAGAGCUCUUCCCCUGUUAGUCGACCCAGGAUGGCCGCGUCGUUCAGCCAUCAAACUGGAAGCUCAGCGACGGGCUUCUCUGCCGGCUAUACCACUAAUUCAAGUAACUUUACGUGUGGGGGCGGCGAGAGAAGAACGUCAAAUGCUAUCAACGUGCUGCUUAUGAACGGCACCCGAAAUAAUGACUAUGAAGAUUCAUGCUGCUCUCCGGCCAAGCAACGUCCCAUGGCUCCGCCUCCGGAGAUUUGUGUUCAGGAGUCCGAUCUGACCGAAUGCAACGAACGUGCUGUAUUCCCGGAGAUCGACAAGCCCAAUUACAGAGUUUGCCGAUCCUCGAACGAGACCAACGUUCUGGUACUGGAGGAGGGUCCUUUGGAUAAAUGCAACACCAUCGCAGGGGAGGAUGCGAAUACAGUAGAUAGCAAGACGCAGAGUCAUAGCGAUGCUCAGCAAAAUCCCAACACGAGUAAAGAGCAACAGAAUAAUUCUCAUACCAACUGGCUCGAGUCCGCAGCCACAAAUAACUUCACCAAGGUUCUGGAAUUGCAGAGAUCUCGCAUCAAGGAGCUGGAGAAUCUGCUGGAGCAGCACAGCCUUCUGCAGCAGACCAUCCAGCACAAGGUUGCGGAGCUGCAGUGCACGGAUAUACCGGAUCCUAAAAAUAAAACUAAAUCAUAAACCAAA